CCCACCCUCCAUUCAGAGACAGACAGAGAGAGAGAGAGACCAGCCAGACCAGAUCCCCCCUCGCCUCCCCCUCCCCUCCGCCUCUGCAAACGAGAAAGAGGGCAGACAACAACCGUUCCCCCGCCGCCGCCGCCGCCGGUGAUCGAGGGGCUCUUCUUCCCUUCCUUCCCCUUCCCUUCCCGCGAGUAGAAAAGAAGCAGCAGCAGCAGCCAUGUUCGGCUCCACCAACCCAUUCGGGCAGUCAUCCACGAGCCCAUUCGGCCAGUCCUCAUUCGGAACCCAGCAGGGAUUCGGCCAGGCUACCACUGCCGCCAACAAUCCCUUCGCACCAAAACCAUUUGGCAGCCCAACCACCACUUUCGGGGCACAGACUGGGAGCUCACUUUUUGGCACUACAUCCACUGGCGCCUUUGGCCAGCAGCAAUCCACUCCCACGUUUGGCACCCCAUCCUCCUCCUCUCCGUUUGGGAGCUCCACGCCAGCUUUCGGUGCAUCGCCCACCCCUGCCUUUGGUGCCACAUCCUCCACCUUUGGCUCUGGAUCUUUAUUCGGACAAAAGCCAAGUUUUGGGGGUUUUGGAUCAUCUCCUAGCCAGUCAAGUCCUUUUGGUAGCACGUUCCAGCAAACACAGCCAUCAUUUGGCAGCAGCACUUUUGGUGCAACAACUACGCCGGCAUUCGGCACCCCAACUACACCGGCCUUCGGCACCCCAACUACACCUUCCUUCGGCACCACAACUACCCCAGGAUUUGGUUCAACGUCAACAUCUUUAUUUGGUGCUUCCAGCACCCCGGCGUUUGGCUCUACAGCCUUUGGUUCGUCCACUCCUGGUUUUGGAUCUUCAGGAACUACAGCAUUUGGCGCGAGCAGUACUCCAGGUUUUGGAGCUUUGAGCACGCCUUCAUUUGGCACAUCAACUAGUGCCUUCAAUUUUGGUUCUUCAGUAUCAUUUGGGCAAACAGCAGCUUCAUCCGGUAGCUCUCCCUUUGGCACAACUCCAUCACCUUUCGGCGCGCAGACUUCUCCUUUUGGCUCACAGACAGCAGCGCCAACUUUUGGGCAAGCACAAUUUGGUAACCAAGCUGGAGGAACCAGAAUAAAACCUUAUGCUCAAACACCAGAUGUUGACAGUGCUACAAGUGGUACUCAGCCUGCUGCGAAACUGGAUUCCAUAUCAGCAAUGCCUGAAUACAAAGACAAGAGUCACGAAGAAUUGAGGUGGGAAGAUUACCAGCGUGGAGACAAAGGUGGACCAAAUCCUUCUGGAACUCCAGCAGCGGCGCCUAGCUUUCCAUCUACACAACCGAAUGCUUUUACCGGUGCAUUUGGCCAAGCUACUUUAAACCAAUUUCCAUCGACAGCAACAAACAAUCCAUUUGCUGCUAAGCCCUCAACUGGCUUUGGUUCUACUAGCACAUCAAUAUUUAAUUCGUUUAAUAAUGCAUCAGCUGCAAGUUCGAGUCCAUUCCCAUCGUCCACUGGUAGCACACUAUUUGGACAAUCAAGUGGUUCUGCAUUUCCAGCAAGUAGUUCACCAUCUUUGUUUCCAAAUACCACUCCUGCUUUUGCUCCGUCUUCGUUAUUUGGCACAUCAUCAACGAAUGCAAAUCCAUUCAGCACUAGCUUGUCGUUGGCUAACACUCAGUCAGUUGGGCUAUUUCAAUCUUCCCCAGCAUUUGUGCAACCUCCAUCAAGUACACCGGCUUUCUCCUCUGGAAGCCUAUUCAGCACACCUAACUAUGGUGGUCUGAGCGGGCCUUCACUUUUUUCGACACCAACAUUUCAACCAUCUGCCCCUGCUCAAACUUCAAGCAUGUUCUCCUUCCAACCUCCGACUCAACCAGCUCCUACAGGUGGAUUCCCUGGUUUUUCCAACACUACAAAUCAGGCCCUGAUUGGACAGCCAACUCCUAGCCAGUCCAAUAUGGUCAUGCAGCCUGCUCCUGUUCCGCAUCCAUUCGGGACACUUCCUGCAUUGCCUCAUAUGUCCAUUGGAAAUGCUGGAUCUUCUCCUUCGGUUCAAUAUGGAAUAUCAAGUUUGCCAGUUGCUGAGAAGCCACUUCCGAGCAGAACAUUAUCCAUGGUGGUUCCUAGGCAUUUGUCACAUAGAAGGAUAAAAUUGCUCCCAAGAAAAUAUAAUCCAAUAUCUGAUGGCAAGGUUCCAUUCUUUGCUGAUGAUGAAGAAUCUCCGUCAACACCAAAAGCUGAUGCCUUCUUCAUCCCUAGAGAGAACCCGAGGAAUCUGAUAAUCCGUCCAAUCGAUCAGUGGCCUUCACGGAGUGGAAUCGACAGGCAAUUGAUUCCAAAGGACUCAGCUGACUUGGAAAAAUAUAAAGGAACUUGUGCAGGUGCUUCCUCAGAAAGUGAGCGUGAUAAGACUGACAUGUCACCAAGCAGGCCUUCUCCAGUGGAAAAUGGCAAUCACCGUGAGCCCAAGGCUGUGACUCGGCAUGGGAACGGUACUUCAGUUGAGAGGCUGAUGCCUAAGCUCCCACAUGCAGAUUACUUCACGGAGCCUAGCCUAGAGGAGCUUGCCGCCAAGGAACGUGCUGAGCCAGGCUACUGCUGUCGGGUGAGGGACUUUGUUGUUGGGCGUCAUGGUUACGGCAGCAUCAAGUUCCUGGGGGAGACAGAUGUAAGGGGCCUGGAUCUGGAGUCAAUUGUGGAGUUCAAUAACCGCGAGGUGAUUGUGUACAAGGACGAUAGCAAGAAGCCCCCGGUGGGUGAGGGGCUGAACAAAGCCGCAGAGGUGACUCUUCUGAACAUCAAGUGCAUGAACAAGAAGACUGGUGAGCAGUACCUUGAGGGUCCGAGGGUGGACAAGUACAAGGAGAUGCUGGUGAAGAAGGCUGAGGAGCAGGGCGCUGAGUUUGUGUCUUUUGACGCUGCCAAGGGAGAGUGGAAGUUCAGGGUGAAGCACUUCAGCGCCUACGGGUUUUGGUGAAGGCGCAGCAGUCCCUGCAGUAGGAGGAUCAAUGAUGUACUGUAGUCAUCAAUCACAUUGCGACGUUUUUGUUUGCUUUGUUGGCGUAGUAGUAAUUUGCACGCUGUGCUGUCAAUGUCAUGCAUGGAUUUUGUUAUGCUUUUGUACAGAUUGUUUUUCUCGUUGCUGUAAUGUUUGCAUAUUGUGCAUGUACUGCUUUGCUAAAAUAAUAAGCACAAAAGACAAUUAUUUUA